AUGGAAGGGAGGCGCAAUUUUAACGACAUAGUUGCAGAGCCACUCACGGAAGACAGCAGCUAUGAGUGGUUCGAAUGGGUUGAGAACUAUCUGAUAUCCCAAGAUCUUUGGGAAGUGACGAAUAAUAGCGCAAGACCAAACGAAAUUCAGGUGGAAGAUUUUGCGAAAUGGAGAAGAAACAAUGCUGCAGCAUUGCAAGUCAUCCGUAUCUCUUGUGGGCGUCCUAAUCAGUCGCACAUAAGAGGGGUCUCUGAAGCCAAAGUUGCAUGGGACAUUCUCUAUUGUAACUACCAUGAUACUGCACCACGUCCUUUUUCCCCAGUGUUAAUGGAGGCAGAAGAAUUAGAGAUGAGUAAUCUGCACAAGGCUAUAGCUGAAAACGACUGGUCGUAUGCAAAAGCAUCCAUUGAUCGCUAUCCUCAGGUAUUGGACGUAGAUUUUGCGAAGUCAAUGGGCGAAACACCUCUUCAUGUGGCUGCAAAGUUUGGGCAUCUGGGCAUAGUAGAGGAGUUGGUGAGAAUAGUUCCAGAAGAAUAUCUGGAGAUACGCGAUGCUUAUAACAACACUCCACUUGCAAUAGCCAUAUCUGAAAACAAUUGGUCGACUGCAAAAGCAUUCAUUGAUCGCCAUCCUAAGGUAUUGGACGUAGAUUUUGCCACUUCAAUGGCCGAAACACCUCUUCAUGUGGCUGCAAAGUUUGGGCAUCUGGGCAUAGUAGAGGAGCUGGUGAGAUUAGUUCCGGAAGAAUAUCUGGAGAUACGCGAUGCUUAUUAUGAAAAUACUCCACUUGCAACAGUUGUCUCACAUAGUGGACUCAUCCCGGUUGCAGCAUGCUUGAUCAACAAAAAUAAAAUGGCACUUGCAAUUCCAACUAAAAACGACUGGGAGAUUCCUGCAACCUCGGCUUUUUAUUCUGGCCACAAGGAAAUGGGACGUUAUCUUUAUUCUGUCACUCCUUUGCAAGUCUUCAAACCAAGAAACGGCACUGUGGGGCCUGAGUUCCUCCACGCCUGUUUGAGACGUAGAGAAUUCGAUAUUGCCUUGGAUUUGCUCCAACGACAAUCGGAGCUGCUUUUUGCUGCUGACUCAGGCGGGGAACCAACAAUUCAGAAAAUUGCACACUAUCUUCAUAAUUUUCUUGACAAAAGUCAACUUCCAUUUUGGAAGCGAUGGUUCUAUCACCGAAGGAAGGAACUAUAUGAGAUGAAGCCGCAGCAUGCACAAGCAGCUGCGAUUCUAAACCUGGUUUGCGAGAAUCUGAAAUCUUUGAAUGAAGUAAAAAAGAAUAUGUUCAAAAAAGCACUGACAUCUGUAGCUAAAAGAGACGAUGUUGAGUUUUUGUUGCAAGUAAUGAAGGUAGUCCCGGAAUUAAUCACGCUAGUCAGUCUUGGUGAGCCAGACAUGGAUAUUUUCCUCGAUGUUGUUAAAUAUCGCAGAACUGAGCUUUUCAACCUCCUCCAUGGUUCUCGCUUUAAGAAUAAGGUGGAGUCAUUAAUUGAUACAAGGAACUCAAAUACCUUGCUGCAUGUGGCAGCCACGUUGGCUCCUUCUACCCGCCUUAACCGCAUCCCCGGCGCCGCAUUACAGAUGCAGAGAGAACUGCAAUGGUUCAAGGCUGUCGAGAGUAUGGUGGAUCCUGGAGAUAGGUUAGUUGUAAACAAGGAGGGGCUGACCCCCAUAGAAUUUUUCAAAGAAGACCACAAAGAGCUAAGGGCUCAAGGAGAAAAAUGGAUGAAGGACACAACGUCUUCUUGCUCAGUUGUUGGGGCUCUAAUUGUUACCAUCAUGUUUACUGCAGCUUUAACAGUUCCCGGAGGAAACAAUCAAGAUUCAGGGUACCCAAUAUUUAUGAAGAAGAAGUUAUUUGAAGUUUUCUUAAUUUCAGAUGCACUCUCCUUGUUUUCAUCCACUACUUCUGUUCUAACAUUUUUAGGAAUCCUCACAUCACGCUAUGCAGAAGAAGACUUCCUUUACUCACUACCUACAAAAUUGAUAAUAGGUCUUUCUGCACUGUUUCUUUCUAUUGCAACUAUGAUGAUUUCCUUUUCGGCGACCAUAAUGAUCAUGGUGCAAUAUAAUUCUUUACGUUUUUGGGUUACUGUUCCUAUUGUCGUGCUUGCUGGUGUUCCAGUGACCCUUUUUGUAUUGUUACAAUUCCCUCUUCUUGUUGAAGUAUUCUCAUCUACUUAUGGUCCACAUCUCUUCAAGAAGAAGGUGUUGAAGUGGCCAUGA